UAUCAUUUGAGUGCUGUGAAGAUUAAGCAAAGACGAGAUUAGCCACUUCAUUGCGAACGAUCACGAUCUUGGCCCUUCUUUGCUUCUCCUUCUCGGUCUUGACUCUGUCGCUUUAAGCAAUUGAUUUUUUACUUCGCAACCGAGGACAAUAAUUUUAUCAUUUACUACUCACUAGGGAGGACGUUGACUGAAUAGCGUCCCGUACUAGACCAGAAUGCGUCGCGGGCGGGUGUUGCUCGCCCUCGGGGCGAGCUGUGUUGCGCUGGGAACGCGCAAUGACAAAAUCGGGAAGGUCGUGGAGAUGCUAGUGGAGAAGAAAAACGAAGUUCUCGCCAAUGGGCAGGAAAUGAAAGUGCAGUGGAGCGCAUUCAAGACAUGGUGUGAUAGUACAUUUGCCAACACGGAGGAAGACAUUGAAGAAUUUUCGGCGGAGAUCAAGCGAUUGGAAGCGGAUAUUGCAGGAAAAGAGCUCAUAAUAAAAAAAGCGAUAGUUGCAAUCGAUACUGCCACUGUUGAAGCUCUCAAAGACAAGAAGGACAUUAAGGGUAUUCAUACAACUAUUUCUCGAGCUUCGUGAUUUGUGAAACGUUAAAUUACGUUAUUUUCACUUGGGGUGAAGGUGAUUAUGUUUGUACAACAGCAUAGAUGGAGACCGAUAAUGUGGGAGUGUAAUGUUUCUUUUAUCUUUGGUUUGAUGACAAGGACACAGGAAGAAGUGGGAUAUCGUUGUCGUCAAAAUGCAGUGGAACAUUAUUGUUACCCUGGCAAUAGGUAUUGCUAGAUCAACGUUGUCUUAACUGCCCUUCCCGGCUUGGUCCCAAACAAAUUUUUCUAAAUUUUCUAAAGAGAUGAGGUAUCGACACAAUGCAUGGGGAAAGAUUCCUCUUCUUAUAAUUCUCAUUGUAGUCUUGAAAUGAUACUCAUUCCACAGCAAUGGAGCAUGUCCGAGAAGCGGAAAAAACAGCCUUUGUUGCAGCGGAAACAGAGCUCAACGACAGUAUCUAUGCCUGCGAGAAGGCGCGCGAAACGCUCCAGGCGGUACCCGACGCGACGCCAGUAGCUGGUAGCGCAUUGUUGCAGCUGAAGCUGAACAAGAUUAAUUUCGGCACUAGUCGCGGUUCUCACCGCCGAGCGAUUGAAAAUCUGCUGGAAAUCGCCCAGGAGCCACCAGCGGGCAUUUCGACACAGAAGGUGCAGCAGCCACAGGGAGCGGAAUAUGCUAUGAGUAUUGACAUUGUGUUAGCUGUUCUAGGAGGCUGUACUGCGUGCAGGAUCUGAGUUUAGAUUUUCUAGGAAAUAAGAGUAUGUAUCUCAAUCGCCCAACGUUUUUUUGUAUGUAUGUAAUUCGGCUCGGACGUGUGAUCAUGUUCAAGGUAUUGUUUGAUUUCUUUCUCGUCUGCCUUCAGCCCGGAACAGCGGGACGGAAAAGGUGAUUAGUAUGCUAGGGGAGCUCCAGGACUCCUUCGAAGAGGAGCUAAGGAACUUGCAGGACGGUGAGCGUAAGAACAUCGAAUCUUAUGAGCUUCAAAAGGAUGCGACCGAGGAACACCUGAGGAUUCAGAACAAUAUUAUCGCUGACGAGACUGCUGUGAAGACGCAGAACGAGGCCGAAAAGGGUGAGUUGGAGCAAAGUUUGACGAGCAAUACAAACUCGCUCGCAGAAAGCAAGAAGUAUUUGAAAGAAACCAGCGCAGAAUGCACGCAGAAGGCAGCAGACUUCGUGGCUGCGCAGAACUCGAUGGGAGAGGAAGUACCUCGGAUUUUAUUUCUUUACUUGCCAAUGUCGGGACGUGCAUUUUGGAAGGGUUGCAAUCUCAAUUUUUCUAUAUGCACAAUGGCGCACUUCUUAUAAAUAUAGUAAUAGAUUUUCUGCACAGGCCACAGCGAUCGAAAAGGCGGUGGAGAUUAUGCAAGGACCGGAGGUGACCACCGGUGGCGGUAACCUAGCUUCGACUGGCGCCGCAGACACGGUUUCGUUUCUGCAGGUCGGCACCUCAAGGAAGUCUCAGCCGCGUCUGACCCAAUUCCUGAAAGAGGAAUCCUUAAAAGUUAAUAGCAAACUUCUGAUGCAACUGGCCUCGUUGGCCCAGGAUGGACCUUUUGACAAGGUCAAGGGGUUGAUCGAGAAGGAAAUUAAGAAGCUCCAGGAGGAAGUGAUGAAGCGGCAAACCGAUAAAAACUGGUGUGAUAGCGCUAUUGCUGAGAACACCCGUGAGAUCGAAAAGUACACGGAUCAAAAGCAGGACGAAACCAUUGCGGUGGAGACUCUGACCGUUCGCCGGGACACACUAAAGGAGGAAAUCGCGCAACUCACGAAAUCUAUCUCGGAAAAGAAGAAGGCAAUGGCAGAAGCGACCACGAACCGCAAUGCGGAAAGGAAGGAGAGCGAGCGGGUACUAGCGUCCGAUAUCGACUGAUGAUAUUGCUUAUAUUUCUUUUCGUCUUGUCGUCUCAUCUCUGAAGAGCUGAAUUCUCUGUAGAUUCUGGCUAGGCGAGAAUUAUCGAAGUCUAAAUUUUCUAAAUUAAGCUUUCGCUCAAUCACAUCAGAUCGUGAAGGAGUCGCGUGAAGCCGAGGAGGCCGUGAAGUCGGCGAUCGAGGUUCUGACGGAGUACUAUGGCGAUUCUGGUAUCGGUGGAACCGCGUCUCUUGUGCAGCAAGGAACGCAGGAAUCGCAGAGUCCGAAGCCGGAGUUCGAGGGUGGAGAGUACAGUUCUAGCGGCGAAGGUAUCCUCGGUAUGCUGACCACGAUUGAGGCAGACUUCAGCAAAACCGCAGCUGAAACAGACGCGGAAGACUCGACCGCGCAGGAGAGCUACGAGAAAUUCAUGAAGGAGAGCAAGGUAUAAAGUAGGUCAAUUUACUAUGUUUCUUCUUUUAUAAGUGAAAGCCUUGAUGGUGUUGGAUGAAGAAGUUUCAUACGAACUUUCACUUCUGCCUUUCUAAAUCUCGAAACACCCAUGCACUGACAGAUUUUCUUGGCUUCCUCCGGCCCGGAUCUUGAGAACAGUAGAUCGAAGCUUGCUGAGACGAAGCAGUCACUGUUGGACGCUGCGGAUGCGGCUAAGGCCGCCACGGAGAAUCUUGAGGCAGAGACGAAAUACAAGAACGACACGGUUGACCCGAAGUGCGUGAAGACUGCCGUUUCCGCCGAAGAACGCAAUGCAAAGAGAGAGUCUGAGAUUAAGUCUCUCACUGAGGCCCUUGAGAUCCUGAGCCAAACAGCACCCUAAAAUGGAUUUUGAUUAGUACACGUCCAUAGUAAUGUACAGAUAACCAUAUUCUAUUGAUUUAGCUACUUUGUUUUCGGCGGUUAGUAAUAGUUGUGGUGGAUCACGGACGAUAAUUAUAUUUUGUCGGUGGUAUUGAGUUUGAGAGAUUUUCAAUGACAUCCUGUUUGGAGAACCGAUGAUAUUCCCCGGGUGUCAAAGUAGCAGUAUUCAGCGCAUAUUGGAAGCGAAAAAUGUACGAUGGGGAUAUCUAUGCCGACGCAGUUCUGUCGCUGUCGCGUCGUUCUGUUUGCUUCGUAUAAGCGUCGUCUUGAAAUUUCACAGUUUAGAUCACCUGCAUUCAAUGGCACUUUUUCACAUCACAUCACUUUUUUUCACAUUCAAUCGCAAUUGUUCUCGUUUCGGAGAAUCAAUCCUAAAGACACUUUUUUCUGGAAAAAAUACUGGCUCGGGAUGCUAGUUAUGAGACUUUUCCUUUCCUAUUCUAUUGCACUGUCUCAAUUGUAUUUUGGUUUUGGGUAUUACAGAUUGCUGAUGUGCUCAUAAGCAACGCGACAAGAGACGGGAGGAGGUGGAGGACUUAGGCCCCGACCUAGCCGGAAGGAUGCGACGGGUG